UCGCGUCGGGCAGGGUCCAUGCGCGGGGCGGUGCGAGCGGGCGCGGCCCUGCGCGCUAUGGCGGCCCGGCGCCCCGCCGCCACUGCCGGCAUCAUCGUCAUCGGGGACGAGAUCCUCAAGGGCCACACCCGCGACACGAACUCCUUCUUCAUGUGCAAGCGGCUUCGCGCCCUGGGCGUGAGGGUGGCUCGUGUCUCUGUGGUGCCCGAUGACGUGGAGACCAUCGCUGGUGAGGUGGCCGCCUUCGCUGCCCGCUUCACCUACGUGCUCACCUCUGGCGGCAUCGGCCCCACGCAUGACGAUGUCACCUUUGAGGCUGUGGCCAGGGCUUUCGGCGAGGCCCUCGCUCCCCACCCAGAGCUCGUUGCCCUGGUGCACAGGUUCUUCGGCAAGACAGAUGCCUCAUGCCCUGAGAUGAAGCUGGCCCGCAUCCCUGCCUCCUCCCGCCUCAACUACGGCACCGACCAGCGCACCGGCAGUGCCUUUAAAUACCCGCUGGUCAGUGUGCACAACGUUUACAUCUUCCCGGGCAUCCCAGCGCUCAUGGAGCGGGCCCUGGAUGGGCUCUCACACCUCUUCCGCAAUGAGCAGACCUGCUUCCACUCCCGUUCCAUUUAUGUGGCAGCCGAUGAGAUGCUUAUUGCUCCCAUCCUGGACCAGGCCAACACCAGCUUCCAGGGCCGUGUGAGCUUGGGCUCCUACCCAGACUGGGCCAGCAAUUAUUACCGCGUGAAGCUAACCCUGGACUCAGAAUCAGAGGAACACCUGGAGGACGCAUAUCGCUUCCUGAUGGAGAAGCUACCACCAGAUGUGGUUGUGCCUUUGGUGACAGACCCUGUGUCACAGGCAGCCACGGAUGUUUACGCCCUGGCUGAGUCAGGCUCGGCCCUGGGACAGAAGGUGGCAGCAGCACUGCGGACCGUGGAGGAGGCUUUGAACCAGUACAGCCUGGACCAGCUCUGCGUGGGCUUCAACGGUGGCAAGGACUGCACAGCCCUGCUGCACCUCGUCCAUGCUGCCGUGCAGAGGCGGUACCCGGAGAGGCAGGAGAAGCUGAAGGUGCUCUACAUCCGCAUUGUGUCCCCCUUCCCCGAAAUGGAGCAGUUCAUCCAGGCGACCGUCCAGAGGUACGACAUCCAGCUCUGCACCGUGGAGGGCUCCAUCCGAGAGGCCCUGGUCCACCUGAAGAAGCAGCAGCCCCAGCUGAAGGCUGUGCUGAUGGGGACACGGAGGACAGACCCCUACUCGUGCACCCUGACGCCGAUGUGCAUGACUGACCCUGACUGGCCCCCGUACAUGCGAGUGAACCCCUUGCUGGACUGGACGUACCGGGACAUCUGGGAGUUUCUGCGCAAGCUCUUUGUCCCCUACUGCAUCCUUUACGACAAGGGCUACACGUCUCUGGGGAGCACAAUCAACACGCUGAAGAACCCAGCACUGCGCUACACCAACGCACAGGGCCAGGAGAGCUACCGGCCUGCCUAUGAGCUGGAAAACGAGGAGGACGAGCGCACCUCCCGCCAGUGAAGGCCUGGGGACCUGUCGCAAGCUAUCCGAGGGCAGCCUGCACUCCAGGAGGCUGGGACUCUCCUGGCUGCAGGUCUCCAAUGGAUGGAGGGGAAACCCAACCCUGCCACCGUUUGCAAGAGACAGCACCAAAUAAAUCCGCUGCACUCGUUUGCAUCUCUUGCUCUUGCUCGGCUGCACUGCUCCACAGGCACCUGGGCUCUGGGAGGGGACAGGCUGCCGCUAGGCAGAGGAAGGGAGCGAGGCCGGCUCUGCCAGAACAAAAGGCUGUGCUGUGCCAGCAGUGCCCCCUCCCCGGGGGUGUUUAUUGUGGAAGCCUUUUGAAGCCAGAGAAUGGAGCAGGUUCGAGCACUUGCAUGGGGCCCCGGCUAUGUCUGUGCUGCCUGCCACCCCACUGCUGCACAGUAGACGCUGCUGAUCCCUUGGCCAUGCACCUCCUCCGGACCACAGCAGCCCGGCAGGCCCAGGCAUCGCGCUCCCCAAAGCGAGCAGUUCGAGCUGUGGCGCUGCCGGGACCUGCCAAGGCCUCUCUGGGGCUGCGCCUCGGCUACUGGCUCCUGCAGUUGCUGCGGGAGUGCGUGUACGUCCUGCUGUGCAGCUGGUGCAUCAGGGAGCUGCUGGAGUAGGGCCGCAGCUUGCACCCAGGGAUGUCCCCUCCCUCUCCCCACCACCCUGCGCCUGGUGGCCACCGAUGGGGGGCUGCCUGUGCUCCUGCGAUGGCUCUUCCCUGCCCGUCCCGGCCCUGCUGCUCCGGAGCUGACAGACCCCCAGCGCCGCGACCUGGCGUGACGCCUCUGGGCCCCCAGCACAGAGCCCCCAAUAAACCUGGGUGACGCGUGA